GGGGCGCUGUGCGGGGCCGGCGCUCAGAGCCCGGCAUCGGCCUGGAGCAGCCGGGCGCGGCCCGCCCCUUCCUCUGCGCCGCGCCGGGAGCCGGGAGCCGGGAUCCGCCGCUGCGCUCCGCCAUGCCGAAACACGAGUUCUUUGUGGACAUGACCUGUGAAGGCUGCUCCAAUGCAGUCACCCGUGUCCUGCAGAGGCUGGGAGGUGUCCAGUUUGAUAUUGACCUGCCCAACAAGAAGGUGUGCAUCGACUCAGAGCAUAACGUUGACACCCUACUGGAAACCCUAAAGAAGACUGGAAAGAACACUUCCUAUAUUGGGGAGAAGUCCGCGUAGUAGCCUUGCCUGGUGUGAGGAGGCUAGGAACUCAAACAUGACUUCAGCAAAAAGAUGGCUUAACCUUUUGCAUAUCUCCCAACUUGCUCUGAUGUUUGACCUUUACUACCCUGCCAGAUGCUGGAAGGCAGAAGGCUGGCAGGAGAAGACAGCUGCAUCUUGGACUUUAUACCUGGAGAACUCCAGGGGAGGUUAUAUGCUGCUUCUAGUCCCACAGUAAAUUGAGGUGCUUCUUCUGUUUUUUCAGUGCA